AUGACAACUCAAAAAGAUAUGGAAGAAGAGGAGCACAAGAAACAGUUGGUCAAAGUUUUUGCUUUGAGGCAAAACGAAUGGACCGUCACAGGAACCGGGGCGUUCACUUUUUCACUCAAAAAAGAGGUGUUGACUUUUACAAUCCGGAACGAAAACGGUGUUAUUAUGGACUCGUCUAUGAAAAGGGGAGAUGCCUACGAAAAACAAAACGACAAAAUCGUCCAGAUUCAAGGCAUAAACCUCAGCGAGGAAUACGCCCUUUCGUUUUUGAAUUCCGACCUCUGUCAGUCUUUUUGCGACUCUCUUGAUAUAUUGGGCGUCAAGAAAGUCGUCGACUCAAAUGCUCUUGAAUUCACGUCUGAUAACAUGUGUCUUCUGAAAGAAACUGUAUUGUCUGCCAUGACGAAAAGAGACAACUCUGAGUUAUUUGACAAAAUCUCGAUGGAAGAAAUUGUGAGAGGGUUUCCAAUCGUGCUGAAACAAAUCGAGAGAUUGGAAGAAAAAGAAAGAUUGACGGAACGAGAUUGCAAUGAUGAGAGGUGUGGUGGAACAAAAGAAGAUUUGAGGAGAAAAAUUCGAGAGAUAAAAGAUGACUUGUUUGUGUUUUGUAAGGCAUUGUUGUACUUACACGACGACAAAAUAUCGGAGGCACUCUUCACAUUACCAAACUUGGAAGUGUUGUUUAAGGUACUCUCGUUCGACGCAACAAUACAACAAAAUGGACCGAUCGAUUUUUUAAUAGAGUUCAAAAAGAAUGUCGGGAAGAUGAAGGAAGUCUUUGUCAAAUCUGAAAGAAUGAGCUUGCUGAUUGAAACUGCGUUCGCUUUGACAUUUUUCAGGGAUGUUGUUGUGGCCCGAUUCGCAGAUGAGCCUGUCACGAUGCCACUCAAUACAAAGUUGGCGACGUUGCACAGACUUAUUUUCGACACGUCGCUGAAAGAAAACGUUAUAAAACAAUUCGUCGAGUUGUACGACACCGCGAACGACAAACAAAAAAAAGGAAUUUGUAUUUCUGCAAAAAGAUUUUGCUCGCACCUUUCCUUGUUUGCGCAACCAAUUCGGCAAGAGAAAGCGCGUCUAUUGAUUGAAGGGGGGAUUUUGGAAUUAUUUAAAAAAGGAUUUCUUGACAAAAACAAGGCGUAUUGUUUGGACGGCAUAUCGCUCUUGUUUGAAAGUGGAGUGCAGGUUGGCAUGAGAAUUAUAAGAGAACAAAUGCUCCAAGAAAUUGCAAAAAGUGUUGUGAACUCAGCUGGAAGUUACUUGUUGGGAGGUUUCCAGCUGUUGUAUAAUGUCGGGUUUAUGAACGAAGGAAUCCAAAUAUUUGAAAAUGCUGUUGUGAGUACGUUAAUUCCAGAAGUAUUCAAUAUACUUGUUGAGCCAAUACUCAAACCAAAUUUCGACGAGAAGUAUCUUGCCCAAUUCGCUGCUUUUGUUGUUGUAGUGUCGAAAAUUAACAACGACACUAUUAAGAAAUAUGUUAUCAAUUCGCAAAUAAUACCAAAAUUUGUUGAAUGUGUCAGAAUUGGAAAUAACGCAUCAAGAAGUGUCGUUUUGCGUGAAGUGAGAGACUUGAUGUUUAUGUGGGAAGAGUACGCGAAUAAAUUUAUUCAAAACGGGAUUGUUGAAGUUGUGAAAAGUCAGAUGGACAAGAUGGGAGGAAUGGCUGCCCCAAUUUGCCAGCAGAUCAUAGAAGUGUUUGAUACUCACACAUCAGCCAUACCAACACAAUCGUUCACACAGAGUUCGGCUUUGCCGAGUGAAAUUGUCAGUGGCGCAGAAGACUUGGCCCAAACUAAUCUGUCUCCCAACAAAAGACUUUUGGACGACGAAGAAACAGCCAAGGUAAUGGCCAUGAGUUCCCACCUCAAGAGAAAACCAGAUGACACACCUUCAACAACAACACUACCCGAUAUCAUAAACGUUUGGUUCUCUGAUAAAGGCGAUGGAAAAACCGAAGAUGUUUCAACACACAAAAUUAGUCCAGUUAAAGUAAUGGAAGAAGAUGCACUUCCUAAUCUUUUGGAUGUCAUAACCAAAACUGGAAACCACGACAAAGUUGUCAAAGUUCCAAUGACAAUCGUCGAAAGUACUGAGACAAAAGUAACGAAUAAUCUUUCAAACGUUUUGCUAACAUCAAAACACGAGGAAGUGCACCAUACAAUGGAAGAAGAACCCCGUCUCGAGACGCCUGAAACCGUUUUGGCUGUUGAUACAAAGGAUCAUGAGAAAAAAGAUGCCAAACCAACGUCUGAGUGUCUCUCUGCAGACAAGAAAAUAAACACAAACUGUGUGAAAAACAAGCUUGUGCAGAGCGAAAAGACGACUGAAACAACGACAACACAAAAGGAGUGA